AUGGAAAAGAAAAUCGACUUUAAACUUACAAAAGACGAUUCGGAAAAUGCUUCUACCUCUAGAAUUAGACCUAUAAACCUAGAAAGACGAAAAUCUCAACUUAGUAUUGAAUAUAGAACUCUUUCUAUAAAACUUGAAGAAUCUCGUACAAAAACUUUGGAAGAAAAUGAUAAAGAUCCUAGAAUAAAAAAAGAACUUGAAAUUGAUUUUCAUAAAUUAUCUCUUCAUGAACUCGGUUUACGUUUCAACACUGAUACUUCUUCAGGUCUUAAUUUUGAGAUCGCUACUCAAAGAUUACAAC